UCGGUUUCACCUUUCAUUAGGGGAUGUCAUUUUUAUGAUAAUAAUUAUUGUAUUUUUUUAUUCUGAUGAGUAUACGGACCACCUGAUCGUGAGUGGUUACCAUCGCCCAUGAACUUCAGCAAUGCCAGGGGCAGAGCCAGGCCGCUGCCUACCGCUUAAUACCUACUCUCCACAAGCCUCGUUUGAAGAAGGAGAAUUUUCGAGCAAGCAAUUGUGACUCUUAGGAUGUUUUCGUAAUAUAGUAUUUCAAGCUUAGAAACAUAUUACUGUGAUAUUGGGCUGAUUUCUUCAUAGGCAACAAUGCAAAGUAAAUACGCGCCACAAGGAAUGGUGGUGGCACCUCACCACCUUGCUACUCAAAGUGCUAUUGAUAUCCUAAGAGAAGGAGGCACAGCCAUAGAGGCAAUGGUCGCAGCGGCGGCGACUAUAUCAGUUGUCUACCCUCAUAUGAACAGCAUUGGAGGUGACUCGUUUUGGCUAAUAGUACCACCUCAUGGUGAUCCCAUAGCCAUUGAGGCAUCCGGCACAGCAGGAAGUUUAGCUACUGAAGAUUUCUUCAAAGGCUACGACAAGAUUCCGUAUCUUGGGCCUAAGGCAGCUAUAACCGUUGCGGGCGCUGUCGGAGGUUGGCAGGAAGCCCUAAAUUAUGUUACCGAAAAUGGAUACCAGAGGAUUUCAGUAUCUCGAUUAUUAGCUGAUGCUAUAAGGUAUGCUGAAGAAGGAGUCUCAGUAACACAAAGUUACAUCAGUAAUUUAGAAAAAUUUAAAGAUUUGAAUGUAUCUAGUGAGUUUCGGAGAAUUUAUCUAUUGGAUGGUAACAAUCCUAAGAUGGGUGAUAUUUUGUAUCAAAAGGAGUUAGGUACUACCUUAAGGCGUCUAGCCGAGAAUGGAUUAAAUAGUUUCUAUAAAGGGGAACUAGCAAGAACAAUAGCAGAAGACAUGGCCACUGUCGGUAUGCCGAUUACGGAAUCUGACUUACAAAACUUUACGGCAAUUCGAAAAACUCCCUUGCGACUUUUACUAAAACAAGGAGAAGUUUUCAAUCUUCCACCACCUACCCAAGGUUUGGUUUCGUUAAAUAUCCUUGGAGUGUUAGAAAAACUUAAUAUAGAUGGAAAAAAUGAGGGCGAACUUGUGCACGCCACAGUCGAAGCCACAAAGCAAGCUUUUGAAAUGAGAAACGAUUACAUAACUGAUCCAAAAUAUAUGAAAAUCGAUCCCAAUUCAUUACUGACUAGUCAGCACUUGUCCAAAGUUGCCAGUAAAAUAAGUUUGGAUAGAGCCGCUUCUGUAGGACAGGGGAAGGGCCCAGGGGACACGAUUUGGAUGGGGGCUAUGGAUAGCAAAGGCUUUUCGGUGUCUUUCAUUCAAAGUGUAUACCACGAGUUUGGAAGUACUGUCGUGUUGCCCAAAACUGGUAUACUAUGGCAAAAUAGAGGAGUUUCUUUCACUUUAGAAAAAGAUAAAUUAUUGACUCUACAGCCUGGAAAAAAACCUUUUCAUACGCUAAACUUGGCUACAGCAAGGCUAAAUGAUGGUAGAGUAAUGAUAUUUGGGACUAGAGGAGGUGACGGACAACCUCAAACCCAAUCAGCUAUCUUUUACAGACACGUGGUUCAGGGUUUGAACUUACAAGCCGCAGUAUCGGCACCGAGAUGGCUUUAUGGCCGCAUCGCAGGGGAUGCUGAAGACACCCUGAAAAUCGAAAGCAGAUUUAGUGAAGAAACCGUGAACUAUUUAAAGGAAAGAGGUCACGAUGUAGAGAUUUUGCCAGAGUUUUCUGAGAAGGUAGGUCACGCUGGUGCAUUAGUGAGACACCCGAACGGUGUGAUGGAAGGCGCAUUCGAUCCUCGGUGUGAUGGCAGUGCAUCGGGAUUUUAACAAUGAUUUAAUUCAACAAUAACAUUUAAUUUUUAUCCGAUAUCUAGUUUACCUUUUUAAUAGUUCCUUAAGAGGAACUGUUUUCAGCGACGCUCAAUAAUUUUAAAUUCGCCAGUCAUAUUGAAAAGUUCGAACGAGAAAGUUUUGAAUAUAUUGCGAUUAAAUAAAAAUUCAUUUCGUCCAUUCA